UACGCAAGCUACUUAAACCAGGGCGACCACCAACCACGUUGUUGCAACAAUAACAGGAACAGCAACACAACAGCAACAGGAACAACAACAACAACGGGAGCAGGGACAUUCCAACAGCAAUUCAUUCUAAAAACAACGCAAACAACACAACCAAGGACAUGGACUCGUCGUUGUCGUGCACGCUGUUUGUCGUGUUGAUCUUCCUUGUGAUAAUUAAAGAAAGCCGUCAGGGACCACAUGAGAAACGUUUACUGAAUCACCUGCUCUCCACAUACAAUACACUGGAGCGACCUGUUGCAAAUGAAUCGGAUCCACUGGAAGUCAAAUUUGGGCUGACACUGCAGCAAAUCAUCGAUGUGGACGAAAAGAAUCAGAUUCUGACCACAAAUGCGUGGUUAAAUUUGGAAUGGAACGAUUACAAUUUGCGCUGGAACGAAACGGAAUAUGGCGGAGUCAAGGAUCUCCGCAUCACACCCAACAAACUAUGGAAACCCGAUGUGCUCAUGUAUAAUAGAAUAUCUGUAAAGAAACGAUUCGAUGGCACGUAUCACACCAACAUUGUGGUCAAACAUAACGGCAGUUGUCUGUACGCCCCUGGUAUCUUCAAGAGCACAUGCAAGAUAGACAUCACGUGGUUCCCAUUUGAUGACCAACAUUGCGAAAUGAAAUUCGGUAGUUGGACUUACGACGGAAAUCAGUUGGAUUUGGUUUUGAAUUCCGAAGAUGGAGGGGAUCUUUCCGAUUUCAUAACAAAUGGCGAGUGGUACUUGCUUGCCAUGCCCGGAAAGAAGAAUACCAUAGUCUACCAGUGCUGCCCAGAGCCAUAUGUCGAUAUCACCUUUACUAUACAAAUUCGACGACGUACUUUAUAUUAUUUUUUUAAUUUAAUUGUGCCAUGCGUGCUUAUAUCAUCGAUGGCCCUUCUUGGCUUCACAUUGCCCCCCGACUCAGGCGAAAAAUUAACGCUGGGAGUUACAAUUCUUCUAUCGCUCACAGUGUUUCUCAACCUUGUAGCUGAGACAUUGCCCCAAGUAUCUGAUGCAAUCCCCUUGUUAGGUGUUACAAUUCUACUUUCGCAAACAGUUUUCUCUUUAUUGGUCGGUAAUGUUAUAACAAAGACGAGCGAGGCCGUACCGCUGCUAGGUACUUAUUUCAACUGCAUCAUGUUCAUGGUUGCAUCGUCUGUGGUGCUAACGGUUGUGGUACUCAACUAUCAUCAUCGCACAGCGGAUAUACACGCAAUGCCACCGUGGAUCAAAUCCGUUUUCCUACAAUGGCUGCCUUGGAUAUUACGCAUGGGUCGGCCUGGUCGCAAGAUCACGCGCAAAUCAAUAUUAUUAAGCAAUCGCAUGAAAGAGCUGGAAUUGAAGGAACGUUCUUCCAAAUCCUUGCUAGCCAAUGUUCUCGAUAUCGAUGACGAUUUUCGUCAUACAAUAUCAGGAUCACAGACUGCCAUCGGUUCGUCGGCGAGCUUUGGCCGGCCCACAACGGUGGAAGAACACCACACUGCAAUAGGCUGCAAUCACAAAGAUUUAACCUUAAUUCUUAAAUUACAAUUUAUAACAGCGCGCAUGCGCAAAGCUGACGAUGAAGCGGAAUUGAUAAGCGAUUGGAAAUUCGCUGCAAUGGUUGUGGAUAGAUUUUGUUUAAUUGUUUUUACGCUCUUUACGAUUAUUGCAACGGUAACUGUGCUGCUCUCAGCUCCUCACAUAAUUGUGCAAUAAGACCGCACAAUUUAGACAUUUAAGCUACACUGACUCACACACACACAUGCAUUCAUGGUGUAUACAGUUAAUGUAUAUGAGGAGGCAUUAAGUUAAGUUCAUUUUCCAAAAACAAAAACUAGCAAAGCUGCUUCAAUACAAAGCAUAUGAUAAAAAAAAUACAAAUUGUUAAUUACAUUUUUAAGUCAAAGCAAAAAA